AUGGACGACUUUCAAGCCCUGUCGGAUCGCUUUCUACAGUGGUUCAAGGCCGCUGGCGGCGAGUUCCGCGAUGACCUCCUGCAGAUCGUCGACCUGAGGCCGCAGGCCGCCGGUCGCGGCAUCAUCGCUACGCGUGAUAUCCCUGAAGAGACAACCCUCUUCACAAUUCCCCGUCAGGCCAUCAUCAACGUCCUGACGUCCGAGCUUCCCCAGAAGCUGCCUCAAGUCUUCGACGGCUCCAUCGACGAGAUGGACGACAACGCCGAGCCCUUGGAUUCUUGGGGUCAGCUGAUCCUCGUCAUGCUGUACGAAGUCCUCCAGGGGGAUUCUUCGCGGUGGAAGCCCUACUUCGACAUUUUGCCGCAGCAGUUCGACACGCCCAUCUUCUGGUCCGACGGCGAACUUCUCGAGCUCCAAGGCACCUCCCUGACGGCUGAGAAGAUUGGCAAGGUCGAGAGCGACGCCAUGUUCCGCUCCAAGAUCCUGCCCAUCGUCCAGGCGAACCCCGCCAUCUUCUACCGAGAGGGCGCCGCCCAGCCCACGGAGGAUGAGCUCCUGCACCUGGCGCAUCGUAUGGGCAGCACCAUCAUGGCGUAUGCUUUCGAUCUCGAGAAUGACGACGAGAAUGAGAAUGAGGAGGACGGCUGGGUCGAAGAUCGAGAGGGCAGAACGAUGCUGGGCAUGGUGCCCAUGGCGGAUACACUGAAUGCGAACGCCGAGUUUAAUGCGCACAUCAACCACGGAGAAAGCCUCGAAGCAACAGCUAUUCGCGCCGACAUCAGGGCUGGUGACCAAAUUCUCAACUACUACGGACCCCUGCCGACAUCGGAGCUGCUGAGGCGAUACGGCUACGUCACGCCGGAGCACAGUCGUUACGACGUUGUCGAGGUGCCGUGGACACUCGUGAAGGAGGUCAUAGUUUCCUGCCUCAGUCUCUCUGCCGAAGCUUGGAAACAAGUCGAGAGCCAGAUUGACGACGAGGAAAUCGAAGACUAUUUUGUCAUAGAGCGCGACUCGGGCGAGCCCGGCCCCGACGGCCGCUUCACAGCCCCUGCCGUCCUGCGCGAAGUCUCGCCCGAGCUCGCAGAGCAGCUCAAGGAGUUCCUGAAGGCCGUGAAGAAACUCGACAGCGAGCGCAUCCCGGACAAGCGCAAGCGCGACGAGAUUUGCGACGCCGUCAUCGCCGAGGUACUCAAGGUGCGGCUCGCGCAGUACCCGACCUCCAUCGAGACGGACGAGAAGCUGCUGGCCGAGGCGGACCUCCCCGCCCGCCGACGGAUGGCUGUGGUGGUGAGACUGGGUGAGAAGAAGCUCCUACUCGAGGCCAUUGCUCUCGCGCACGUGAACGCGCAGGGUUCGGCUACGGGGGACGAUGGGGAGGAGAGAGCGUCAAAGAAGGCAAGGGUGUGA